AUGGGUGCACCUUCGCGAAGCGAGCGUGUAGCCACUGGCUCAACUAUCAAACGCACAAGAGGCCAACGAUGCACCGCUAUUUGCGCGGACAAGGCCAAGUGCAACUCCCCAGACCCUUGUUUAAAUCAUCCCAUUCCUGAGUUCGCCUACGCUCUUAGCAACGAACCCAUCCCUCAUGGAUCACAAGAACAAUACGUCUCAUCCUGGAUGACAAAGUCGAAAGAUUCUGUUUGUAAUCUGUUUGUCUCGAAGCAGGAGAUUUCGGAUAGCUUAGAACCGUCGAAAAUCCUAUUCCUAUCUGUGAAUUCGUCUCCCGCCCCUGUCGGUCUUUCGCCUCGUGUGGAAUAUGGCUUGCCUGCUCCAUCCUCCGAGGGAGUCGACGAACAUGUCAAUACCGUCUCUAAUGGACCGCUCAAGGCUCUUAUGGCUCCUCAGCAUGAAGUUGAGCACCCCUUACUCUCUGAAGAGUUCCCAACCUCAAGUGCCAUUCGAAUCCAAAAUGAUACGAGGUCCCAUAGAGAGAACUGGGUCAAGGCACCAACGAACACUCGCCCAAACUGUCUACGUGACAUGAUCACCAAGCUUAUCCGUCCGGUGGUCCGGAUGAAGAGACUGAUAAAGAAUUCAAUACGACAGAUGCAAACACUUUCUUCCUUGCUGCGUGAUCCUGAUCCACGCAUGACCCUACCCAGACGUGCAACCAAUCCCAACCUUACAACGGCGGGACAUCCACCACAAACAAAUCCCUCCGCGUCUCCUCAGGCUAGUAUCCAACCGCAGAACUUGGCAAGUAUGUCUGGACAUGUGAAUCUCGUCUCUUCCGAUCACCAUCGCACAUCUGCACCCCCUCCCUCAGACACUUCCGGUGCUGUCAUAGGAGUGGGAGAAGUCAACAAUGCCUUUUAUCCCUCCAUCCGGUCUCCAUCCACUCACCCUCUCGUCGGCCAGAAAAGCUCCAGACGCUCCCAUUCUUCAUCCGCCAAGCACACCACAGUCAACUCGGAUCCCGGUUGCUCAUACUCAGUGAGCGGUACAGAAAGAAAUCUCACCGGUCAUGUGCACCUAUAUCUAUCGCAUAAAGUUUACGACGGUCCAUACUCGACUGUUUAUCCUGGCGUUUACAAUGAUGGAUUUCGCAAAGAGCUCGUCGCUAUCAAAGUAGUCAAGUCAAUCGGUCCCAUACAUUCGAUACGGCGGAGACGUCGUCGAGAAGUCAUUACUGGGACGAUUCUCCGUCACCCUAAUAUCCUCCCCGUUUAUGGUAUUGCCGAAGGCAAAGAGUUUGGUCCCUUUGGUGGAAUCGUUACUCCAUGGUGUCCAAAUGGUAGCGCUGUGCAAUAUCUGUACACCCACGACACUUUGCCGGCUGAGAGGUACCGCCUGUGGAAGGGAGUUGUGGAUGGGCUUGCAUAUCUGCAUGCGCACGUACCGCAGAUCGUCCACGGAGAUAUGAAACCUCCUAAUAUUCUCAUCGCUGACGAUGGACGACCUAUGAUCUGCGACCUCGGACUUGCACGAGUCGAGGAAUAUCGGCGACCGUCUUCAUUCAAUGGCGUCCUUAGCUAUGGAUGCUGGGAAUGGAUGGUUGGGAUCAAUACUACGAGCGCACAUACGGGUACACCGCGUUAUCUCGCACCAGAACAGGUCGACCCGGACAAUCCGUCGAGACCAACCAUGGCUACGGAUGUGUACGCAGUAGGGUGUAUUGGGUACGAGCUUAUCUACUCGGCGGUACCCUAUGCGCACCGUAAACACAAUCUGCAAUGGCAAAUCUUUCACGACAUUCACAACGGUGUUCCACCCGCACGUAGACCUGAUAUUGCAACUCCGUCCUCUACCAAUCCCACCGUGGCGUCGUCCGAGGUCUGUGGGAUCACGAUCCUCUGGGAUGUGCUGGAGUUGUGCUGGAGUCGCGAUCCUUGUCGUCGACCGAGUGCAUCGGACUUGUGCGAGUGGUUGGCGCAGGACGAGGACGUGAUUAUCGAUGCACUCGAGCGCCGAGCAUAA